ACGGCGCUGCUCCCUCGGGAAACGCAGCCUCCCCUGCCUCGGGAGCUGCGUUUUGCAGCCUGUAAACGCCUGCCCUCCCGCUCCUACGUGUCUUUGCUCGGCGCUUCUCUUGAAGAGUUGUUCUGGAGCACAAAUAAGCAAAACGCUCAAGUCAUUACACUGAAACGUGGUCUUGAUUUAGCUCAGGAAAACCUGGAGUGAGACCUCAGCGGUGGCGGGCACAGUGGUGUUCCUUGCGUGAGCAGUUAUGACUGAUUCAGUGGGUGUUGCCUGGGUUGACAUGCAAAUUACAGGAAGAAUUGUAGGUGAUGAUGAUGGAGGAAAGCUCUUUACCCCUGAGGAAUAUGAAGAGUACAAAAGAAAAGUGUUGCCAAUUCGGUUACAGAACAGGUUGUAUGUGAGCUGGAGAUCACCAGUUGGCAUGGACUGUAAGCUUGUGGGACCAGAGACGCUGUGCUUUUGUACUCACCGGUAUAAACAACACAAAACGGACUAUGAAGUGAUACCCGAAGACCGUCCUAUUUGUGUGCCUUGUAGAGUGAGCCCGUGCCCGUGCCAGUCCUUUCGCUAUGUCCCUCUGAAUGGCACACAGCCCAUCCGCUGUAGAUGCAAGCACUUCGCUGAUCAGCACAGUGCAGCACCUGGGUUUUCAUGUAACUCUUGUUCCAAGUGUUCGGGCUUUCAUAGUUGCUUUACCUGUGCAUGUGGGCAGCCAACAUAUGCUCAUGAAACAGUCGUGGAAACUAAACAAGAGCGCUUAGCCCAAGGAAAGCCUGUGGGGCAGGAUGUUCCUUAUGCUGCUAUGGGAGGACUGACUGGUUUUAGUUCACUAGCAGAAGGCUACAUGAGACUUGAUGACAGUGGAAUAGGGGCUCCUUCAGCUGAACUUUUAGAAUCCCCUGUUACCAGCAUGGAUCAUCCAUUUCUAAAAGCUUUUCAGGGACCUUCUAGUUCUGCUCAAACCACCUCACAGAUAGCAGGUAGUUCCAGUGCCACAAGGCAAAUUUCUCAUGGAAAGCAUUCAGAAGAUGAUGACAUGGCUUACUUUGAAAAACGUUAUCAAGAACGGCUGAAAAAGGAGAAGGCUGCUAAACGGAAAGAGAAGAGUCCGGCACCAUCAAAGAACCCAUGAUAUUAAUAAAGAAAUAUUUAUUAUAUGGCACUGUGUUAAUUGUUGUAUUGUUGUAUUUUUGGUAAUUGUUGUAUUUUUUGUUGUGCCUACCUGCAUACCUGUAUUUCUUAAUUUCUUUAAUCUGUUGUUUUGGUCUAUUGCUGAAAUUAAAUUUUAAUUAUCUUGUAAUAAAAUUGGUAUGUUAAUCAA